GAGAGCCAGCCCAGGGGAGUUCCACUCUGAUUGGUUCUCGAAAUCCUUCUGUACUUGUGCCAAUUGUCACCUUUGUCAUCGUCGUCCCGCGUUUGUCUCAGUCCGUCUGCAUCUUCUCUUCCGUUUGUGAUUACGGCCCCAAGAAACUAACCAGUAACCGAAAAUGGUGUCCACGUCGCAGAAGAAAAACCUUCACUCCCUCCUUGCUGCAAACCUUGGCAAGCUCACCAUACCUUCCUCCUCCUCCUCCUCCUCCACCACCACGCACCAUGAUUUUGACUUUCUGCCUUUCUCUUCUCACGAUCCCAAUCCAUCCCCGUCCACUGCCAUUCCUGGGAGCCCACAAGUUAUCCAGAGUAGGUCCCACUCCUUUGUGGGACCUUCCCCACUGUUCGCUCAGUCCUCCAAUUCCCUGGCGUUUCUUGAUGAACUCGAUUCCCAGAGCGAUGACGAGGCUGAAAUUGAUGCCCUGAGUGGGUUAGGAAGUGAUUGUGCGGUUGGCGAAAAGCAAGUGGGUGUGCGUGAUUCUGGAGAGGAAUUGGCCUGCAAAAUUGGACCUGGGGAUUUUCAAAUUUUGAGAGUUGUGGGGCAGGGCGCGUUCGGGAAGGUCUUUCAGGUAAGGAAAAAGAGUGACCGUGUGGAUGGAGAGGGGGAUGGUGGUGGUGGUAAUGGUGAUAGCAUUUUUGCAAUGAAGGUGAUGCGGAAGGAGACGAUCAUAAAGAAGAAUCACGUCGAUUAUAUGAAAGCCGAGAGAGAUAUUCUCACUAAAGUGGUUCAUCCUUUUAUCGUUCAGCUCCGGUACUCUUUUCAGUCUAAAUCUAAAUUAUAUUUGAUCUUGGACUUUAUAAAUGGAGGACAUCUCUUCUUUCAUCUGUAUAGGCAGGGUAUCUUCAGUGAGGAUCAGGCAAGGCUUUACACUGCUGAGAUAGUAUCUGCUGUUUCCCAUCUUCACAAGUGUGGGAUCGUGCAUCGGGAUCUUAAACCUGAAAAUAUCCUUAUGGACGCUGACGGGCAUGUAAUGGUAAUGUUAACUGAUUUUGGAUUGGCAAAGGAAAUUGAUGAAUCAGGGAGAUCUAAUUCUUUAUGUGGGACCACAGAAUACAUGGCUCCAGAAAUCUUACAGGCUAAAGGCCACAACAAGGAAGCAGAUUGGUGGAGCACCGGUAUACUGUUGUAUGAAAUGCUAACAGGGAAGCCCCCAUUUACACAUGCUAACAGAAAGAAACUUCAAGAGAAAAUUGUUAGAGAGAAAGUGAAACUUCCACCAUUCCUGAGUGGUGAAGCCCACUCUUUGCUUAAAGGAUUGCUGCAAAAGGAUCCAUCAAAAAGGUUGGGCAAUGGACCGAAUGGAGACAACCAGAUCAAAAGUCACAAGUGGUUUGGCUCAAUCAAUUGGAAGAAACUGGAGGCAAGAGAGCUGCAGACAAAAUUCAAACCAGAUGUGAGUGGGUUAGACUGUACAGCUAAUUUUGAUCAAUGCUGGACCUCAAUGUCUCCUGUUGAUUCACCAGCACCCACACCCACAGCAUCUGACUAUUUCCAGGGCUAUACUUACGUGGCACCGAACCCUUGGCUUUCAUCUAGCUAGACUGAAGGAACAUAAAGCAAAUAUCAAUGAGUUUUUCAGAUGGUUCAAUCUUCAAAGAGUGUCCUGAAGCAUGCAGGCGAGUCUCACUGAAUAGUGAAUAGUAUUGUAAGCUAACUUGUAACUUCUGUAAGUGGCUAACUAUUCUAAAAGGGAACACCAUCCCCACCUCUGAUACCUUUUUAAAAGGAGAUGGCUCUUAGCAAUAAUGAAUGUAGAAAUAAAUAGCCAUUGAUCAAACUCGUUAAAGUAAGUUUAUCAUAUCUCAGUUUCGAGUCUGUACGAUUUAUUUUGCAUUAAUGGAAAUAUAUAUCAUUUAGUCUGCAUGGAGUCAUUCUAAAAGGGUCAUGAAAUAAAAUGAGCAGAUUUGAUUUCCUGUUCA